UUCGAAAUGCGCCCCUCGGACGAGGUCAGACAGACUUGGAAACAUGAACCCCGUCGCUUGUCUUCGUCUUCGAGCGAGCGCCGCCACCCCUCCCUUCCCAUCCCGCUGCCGAGCAGCGCCCCAGCCCCCUCGCUCCGUCUCUCGUCUUCCUCCUCGUGCGAGCGCCUCCACCGCAGGUAUCUAUCUCCACUCGUUUCUCUCGCUCUCGUCACGCCACGAACAGAUCCCGCCCUUUAGCUCCCCGUUUCAUCUCCUUAAUAUUCGCCAAUUCGUAACUGAGGCAAAAAUCAAGGUACCGGGUCCUCUGCCCUUGGCAGAGAACGCUGUCGAAUCGCAGCAACCACCGGUGUCUUUGGCAAAGAGUCUGGCCUCUCUUGCCGAGGAAUCGACCCUGGCUGCCCAGAGGCAGCGGAAGCCCCUAUCAAGGAUGGAGCAGAAGAGGCUGGCCGAGCUCCGGAUAAAAAAGAGGGUCAAAGCACAGUAUCUGAACGGAAAGUUUUAUGAUCUCAUGGGUAAGGUUGUGGCUACUGCUGAUACGUUGGAAGAUGCUUACGACAUUGUCCGGCUGAAUUCUAAUGUCGACCUAGCAUCUGCUAGGGAUGAUGUUUGCUUUACCGCAUUGGCGGAGCAACUAAGGAGCGGCGAGUUUGAUAUCGCAGCAAACGCUUUCAAAGUUACUGCAAAGAGGCGAGGAGGGGAGCACCUUGUUCUUCCGCGGUUGAACUUGAAAGUUAUUCAGGAAGCUGUUAGGGUGGUGCUUGAGGUUGUGUACAGACCUCAAUUCUCCAGGAUAUCACAUGGUUGUCGCAGUGGGCGAGGAUAUCACUCAGCUCUGAGGUUCAUAUCCAAUGAAAUUGGGGUUCCAGAUUGGUGCUUUACUGUCCCCUUGUACAAAGAGGUAGAUCGUAAUGUAGUCUCUAAGCUCAUUUCACAAAUACAGGAAAAGAUUGUUGACGACUACUUAGUUACAUUCAUGCAUGAUAUGUUUGAUGCAGAGGUGGUCAAUUUGGUAUUUGGAGGGUUUCCCAAGGGCCAUGGAGUUCCUCAAGAAGGAGUACUUGCACCUAUCCUGAUGAAUAUAUAUCUUGACAGUUUUGACCAUGAAGUAUUUAGGAUUUGCAUGAAGCACGAAGGCCUUUGUUCCGAGGCAACAAAUGUUGCAGACAAUCAGGGUUCUAGUUUGCGUCUCUGGUUUAGAAGUCAACUGAAGGACAGGGAUGUAAAUUAUGAAGAGCAAAGAGAGGGUUCGCCAAACAUAAGACUAUACGCUUGCAGAUACAUGGAUGAGAUUUUUGUCGCAGUUGUGGGAUCCAGAGACGUAGCAGAUAAUAUUAAGUCUGAGAUUGUUGAUUACUUAAGAACAUCACUUUACUUGAACGUUGAUGAUGGGUUGUAUCUUAUGCCGGUAAAAAAGAACUCCCGGGGGUUACAGUUUGCUGGUACUGUAGUCAGAGUGACAUCAAAAGAAAGUGCUGCUCUGAAAAGUGUGCAUAAGCUGAAGCAGAAGGUCAAUUUAUUCGCUUGUCAGAAGCAAGAGAUAUGGGAUGCUAUGAAUACUAGGUUAGGAAAGAAGUGGUUGGCAUAUGGUUUAAGGAGGAUAAAAGAGUCUGAGAUCAAACCACUUGGUCUGAGCACUCCGUUGCUGGAUCACAUUGCACAAUUCAGGAAAGAAGGGAUGAAGACAGAUCACUGGUUCAAAACUUUACUCAAGGUAUGGAUGCAGGACAUCAAUGCCAAAAAUGAAUUACAUGAGGAGGUGCUCCUUUCAAAAUACAUUGCUGAACCAGCACUUCCGCAAGAACUCAGAGAUGCUUUCAACAACUUUCAGAAGCAAGCAAAAGACUACAUCUCAUCAGAAACUGCUGCUACAAAAGCACUGGUGUCCAGCUUAAAGAACACGGAAUCAAUCAAUACCUGCACUGAUGGCACUGCCAUUAAGAUUCACGCACCUCUUAGUUAUAUCCAGAUGUGCCUCAAUCGCUAUGGUGUAGUUAAUCUUGAAGGUUUCCCUAGACAUGUUUCAGCCCUUGUCUUGCAAGAUGAUGAGCUAAUCGUCAGUUGGUUUUCAGGAAUAAUUCAUCGUUGGGUAAGAUGGUUCUCUGAGGUUGACAAUUUUAAAGAACUUCAACUUAUGUUAGUUGAAUCAGUUAGGAAAUCCUGCAUCAGGACACUAUCUGCAAAGUACCGGAUGUAUGAAAAACUGACAGAAAAGCGGUUUGAACUUGAUGAUUAUGGCAUUCCAAUGGUUGAGGACUUUGAGGCAGUGAUGGCACAGUUAGAGUCCAGUUCUUCUUUGGUUUCCAGUGAUGAAGCUCUGAUGUAUGGCAUUUCUAGUAGUGGUUUAUGUGUGCUAACCCUCUCACGAGUUAGUGUCUCUGCUCUGAAAUUCAACUGCUUUGUCAUGGGCUGCCAAUCUUCAUCACCAAGUAUGUACAUUAUUCAUGUGAAGGAGAAACAGCGGUUUCCAGGAUGGAGGACAGGUUUCUCAUCAUCAAUUCAUGGGAGUUUGAAUGGUAGACGACUUGGGUUGUGCACCCAGCAUGUUAAAAAUCUAUAUUUAGGACAAAUAUCCCUUCAGUCAGUUGACUUUGGUGUGCUGAUUAGAUGAUUCCUGAGGUUCUCAGGAGAAUGAUGGCUUUCUACUGGUAUAUAAUAGUAUAUCCGUUGUUUGAUGAGCAUAAGGAAUUUCUGACAGUAAUACUACCAGUCUACCACCGCCUCCUUAAUGUGUGGAUAAGAUCCACUUUUCAGUAUACUUGCUGAUAGUUAAUAGCACAGUUUCUUUAUGCACUGCCGCAUGGUAUUUUUCUUGGUUUAAUGCCAGUCUUUUGCCAUUCUAUUUGUUUUUGUAUAUGAGGACAACUGUUGUUUGUAUUUUCAGUCAUUCAUAUGAUGUCCACAUAACAACAGUUCCUUUUUUAGGAAAGCUGUGGUGUUCCUGUUGUCCUUAAAAAAAAUUAUCCAUCAGGAGAAGAUUUCUCUAUUUUGUGAUAGAUAGUUGCACCAUAUGAUGGCGGCUAUCUUUGAAUCGGCGUUCCUUAGCCGAUGAGACCAUAAAGUAAAGUCUUCUAAAAUGUUCCUAAUUGUUACAUUUGGUGGUAGAGAUAUACGACGAAAAACAAUACUAUUUCUUGAGUCCCAAAUCUUCCAUAGGAUAGUGAACACCAUGGCCGGCCACAGAAGUGUAGGGACGGCAGCAUCUGGUGGGUUUGACGUCCAAGGUGCAGUAUGAGAUGAGGGGAACGAAAGUCCCAGCUGAUUCCACACAGCCCGGCUUGAUUGACAUUGGAAGAACAAAUGGUCAUUGGUUUCCGGUGCAUGAUUGCAGCGUGGACAAGCAUCUUCAGUGAUGAUAUGUUUCUUGAGGUUUCUUCGUGUAUUUAGUCGAUCACAGUAGAGAAGCCAGCCAAAUAUUUUCACUUUAACUGGCACAUGGCAAUGCCAAAUUGCUGCCACAUCCAGGUCAUGGACAGCAUCUGGUACGCCAUGUGGUGACGCGCGUUAAUUAAUGUUUUUCCGUAAAUGCACUGGUACCAGCAUUCCAGCAAUGCAUUGCUACCAAUUUAUGUCAUUUGGUUGAAAUAAAUGGGGGUAUCAGUAGAUCGUUAUCAUCUCAGUUUCAUGCUGUUAGAUCUAAUUGGAGAAACUAAUUGACUAUUCUUUUUUGGAGAAUAAGAGGGGUUUCGCCCCUGUUCCAUUCAUCUCAUGAUAAACAAAACAAGCUGUUCGUUCUGACUCGGAGGCGCACAGUUUAAGCAGCGGCCAAAUAUGUUGCUCCUACUGUUUUCUCUUGGUGAUUAGCUGCGAUCAUAGCCAACAAGUUCACCUUACAGCACCCAGACAAAUCGCAUGGACAUGAAUAACGAUGAAGUCAAAGAACAGAGCACAUAUCAAUCUAUUUUAGAUUUUCUAGUUUGCUCCCACAUUUAUAUUGAAUUAUAAUAUCCACCGGACAUUAUAUUAUCCUGACAUGCUAUUAUAAUGCAAUUAUGCAGGUACUACCAGUCGACUAGUUGGUUAUAUUUCACUCUGUUCCUUUUGCUGUAUUUGUGAUGCACAAACUAAUCGCAUGGAAUCUACUCCCUCCAUUUCACAAAGAAAUGAGAAGGGGAGAGGAGUUCGUUUUAUCCCCAAGAAAGUUUGAUUUAGAACAGAGCACAUGUAUUCAGUUUCAUAUGGGGGCAAUUACAGACAUGUAUUGAUUUCGAAUCAAUGGACAUUCACAAAGGUAUAUCAAUCUGUACAACUGUUUUCUGCUUUCAUGCUUCUCUACAUGCCCUCCAUCUAAACCAUUCAUGGUGGUUCUUGUACACUUAUGUCACAUUUGAUUUCUUCUUAAGAUGAUUAUUUCAUGGAGUUGAUUAUGCUACCAUGCCAUGUCAGAAGUUAACUCAAGUGGCCCAAUUAUUAUUCAAUGUAGUACAUUACAAAACAUAAGAUAAUAGUUAUACCGAAACACCACAAGAGAAAUAACAUAGGCCACAAAACUAGGACUCAGCAUAAGCACCCCUUUUUUUUACCGAAAAUCAGCAUAAGCACCUUAUUCUUAGUUAUGGACUGGUGUCCUCCUACGAGGAAAGCGAUUGUAAUCCCUGUUAAGAAAUUUGAGAACUUCAUCACUGGCCUCUAGCAUUUUGUGCUUCCUGUCAUCAUUAUUUUUAUAUAAGGUGCUGGGAACAAUGGAGUCUUCCAGUUCUGUUUUGGAGCCUGAACUCGGAUUCCUGGAUGGCAAUAUUCGGAUAUGUCGAGGAUUUGGAACAUUCAGUACUUGCCCUGAUAUGCUUCCUUCUAGUUUUAUGCUGCCCAUGGAUGGUCGUGCCUUCAUCCUGGAGCUACCACUAUCCUGAGAUAUUUUGCUUUGAAAUUAGCAGUGGCCUAUAUUCCGUUGGUUAGUCAAUAUAAGAUAAUAGGGAAAGUUGAAGACAGGUGCUCAUGAUGACUUUCUUGGACAGAUUGUCUAUAUUUGAGAAACAUCGGUCAAAUAUAGAGUGCAUGUGUUCUUGAAUAUCAAAGGUUACAAGUAUGCAUGUCUCACUAUGUUAUUUGGCAUUCUGUAGAGAUUCUGGAUCUACCUAACACUUUUAUAUUUUUCCUCAUAGACGCACAUGUCCAUUGUUGCUUCUUUUCUUUUCUUUUGAGAUGGUACUCAUAGCAACAAUGAAUUUUGAGAUGGUACUCAUAUCUUAGUAGGUAACUAAGAGAAAACAUGUAUGGCAUGUAUGGUGUCCUGGAAGGAGGAAAAGAUCACCUUUAUUACACUGGAAGGAGCACAUGAAUUUGUUGAGUUAUUCUUAAUAUCUCCUGCAUUUAGAACAAGAGAAUAUUCAAACCGGUUAGAAAACUUUAGUGUACCAUUUCAUGAGUUAUUCCUUUUAUUUGUUGAGGAAUAUUUGUGGAAUCAAGCUGCAGAGGUAGAAAGAUAUGAAGAGAUAUAUCUAAUACAGUUUUCUUUUGACGGGAUAUAUCUAAUACAGUUGGAGCAUAAGCGUUACCGUUUCUUAAGUAGGAACACUGAUAUUACUAUUAUGACACAGGGGAAACACAACAUGUUACUGCUAGUCAUGAGUAAACACCUAUAUCUAGCAAGGAAGGUCAUAGCUGACAAAUAUAAUAACCAACCAAAAGAGAAAAGAAAACAAGCUAGGAGCUAGCUCUAGUUACUUGGCUGUACCCAAUCUAAUUCUAGUUGUUCUUGGGUGGGUGGUUCCGUGGUUGACGGUAAUCAGCAGUGAAGGGUAUGUGGCCAUCAAAAUAAGUCCCUGGAUGAAGUUUUCUACUUCUAAAAUAACAGUUCAUACUCAAAUCCUUCCUUCCUCCAUGCCCACAUUUCCCAGCAGAAUGUUUUGCACCUGAGCUUGGUAUGCUUCUAGCAUCAUUUGCGUCGGCAGUUCCAAAAUCCAUCUUUCGUACUGUCGGCACAUUGUUUCUGAUUUCCUCAUCUAUGUUGGUCUUCUCAACAGUGAGCUCCUACGUAUCAGUAGUAACUUUAUUAGGCAUGAGCCCUGGAUAGUGCAUUUCAUAAAAUAAUUACAAGUUAUGCCAGCUCUUACAGUUCUUACCAGCUUGGUUUCUACUCCUCUCGUUGCCAUCAGCAAUUCUAAGAACAGACAGUAAACACAUCAGUGUUUUUUCAUCAAAAAGAGUAUACCAGUGUGUCACACACAUGCAAUUAACACCAAGAACUAAAGGAGGAAAUGAACUUGAAUGAAAAGCUUUGGCUCUAGCAUGCACAUGCAAAAAAAAGAAGUAGCAGUGUCUACCUCUAUGGGCAGUGGUGCCGAAGGACCCAAUGGUGGCCAAUAGGAUGACCAUCCAAAGCAAGAAGCUUACACAUUUUAAAGACCGCAUAACUAAUGGUGGCACUGUUCUUUGGUAUGUCUGUCUUGUAACUGACAGGAAAGGGAAGGAGAAAGCACAACACAAAACGGUGGAUUUAUAGUGCCGUGUCGACAUUGAGAGUUCGACACCCCAUUGGUCAAACUCUGACUUGAAGUAUCUCCUGUGCAUAGAAUGCCGCAUUUGUACUUGUAGUCCAUAUAAUAAUCUGAGGACUCAGAAUUUUCUUAUUGCCUUGAGUAUAUUCAUGUACUUGGAAGUAAUCAAAGUUUGUCCCUUGUUCAUCUGCCAGCCAGUACUUCCCAAGGAUCUGCCAUUGCUUGAGAUAGAAGAUUUUGAGUACCUUGGGCGUUCUGCACUGGGUAGCAAAGUGUAGUGGCCAACUACUAGAAAGGUUUUCGGUGACCAAGGCUACAACCUAGGGCUUCACCUCUCUUUGACCUAAAAUAAUGCUCUUUUUUUACUCUGAAAAUAAUGCUUUUUGGUGCCCCCACAUGUACCUUAAAAGUUAAAAUUCAUAUUGAUGCAUCAGACUCCCAGAUGAUGACCGAAAAUAACUGAUGGUGCGGCGAACCACACGCCCUCACAAGAUCAUACUGGUGUUACGCGGCUGUUGUCGGUGGCAUUGAAUGGGGUGGGAGCUUAGGAGUGAACGCUCGUCGAAUCCAUUUGCAGUCGAUUGAAUUUGGUGCUGAUCAUGGAAAAUGACUCUUAAAGCAUUGACAGGACGCCAGCUUGAGCGUUGGUACUGCUGAUUGAAGGCCCUGGCAGGCCCCUGGUCCUGGUGCGAAUAUUCAUGUCGUACCUGGAAUGUAUUCCCUCAGACAAUCGAGUGGGUCUUCUCAGAUUCAAGCUGUGCCAGCUGCGUGUUCGUGCGGUCGCAAUUCACAUUACAUGAAAGGUUUAGAAAGGUGGCAUUGCGUUCUUGUUUGUCUACUCAAUGAGCCUACAGAAAAUGGAAGUACUUUCAUAUUUGAUGGUAUACACAUUUGAUUGAACACUGAGGUAAUGAGGUCUUUUUGAAAACAUGAUGGAGCAGAUUCAAAGCUUUCCACGAGUGAGGCGAUAAUUUUGUACUUACUAGCUGAAAUGCCCGUGCGUUGUAACAGAACAACAAAAUAAAAUGAUAUAUUCAAAAACAUGUAUCAAAA